GGAAGCCUAACUGAGCCGUGUUCCUGCCAAUAAUAUCGUUGCUUGCUGCAGGCGUUCGUUCAGUGGGCGGAAGAGUAGGGAGCGCUUGUACAGGUUAGCCAACUUAUAUAAAGGGGGAAGCAGCUGUACGAGAAGAGCAAAGGCCUGUUGAACAUCAGCUGCCAUUUACCUUAUCCUGCUAGAGGAGCAUAUUACAUUCAACAAUUAUGAUAGGUAGAGAUGUAUACAGAUUAUGUUUCAUGUUGGGAACAAUGUUUGUUUGUACAUUACUCAUAACCACAGCAAAAGCACAGUCAGCCGACGAAAACUUGUCAUCAGCACUUCAGGCAGGCGAUGGAGAGAUGAUGGACAUGGGGGGUCGAGGCGGACUACAAGACGCAGCAUAUGCAUACCGGCAAUUAGCACUUAUACAAGAUGAAGAGGAUACCUUACUGCGCAUGAUGGAUAAUCUAAAAACCAAAAUGGAACAUGUCAAAGUCCGGAAAAGGGGUCAUAUCCAAUGUCUUGUGAAUCUUGUAGCGUGUUACGGUAAAAGGAAGUAAAGUACAGUGAAGUGUCUGUGAGGACUUGGAUCCUAUUCAUACAACUGUUAUUUUUAUACAAAAUGUUUGUGUCUUGCAGUUAAGACUCUUAUUUUUCAAUCGGAACGACUACAUUCGUACAUUUAAAUUCGAUCUUAAUCAAACUUCAAUUUUCAUGACAUUAUUUCGAAUUCAACAAAAGGAUACAUGCGCGUUUCAUAGUGAUAUAUGUGGUUAUCUUAACUACUACGAGAGAUCAAAAUACGAUUAAACAUUUAAUUUACAAAAUCCGUAUACGCAUGGCCUCCUGUUCACCAUUGCUCUGAGGGUGUUUGUUAAAUGGUAAGCUCUCUCAAACAUCCCAAUACACAAGUUCGACGUGUUUGCUUCAAGUGUAAAUUGAAAUAAUAAAAUUCAAUUCCUCAUU